AUGUCUGCUGCUUUUGAGGCAUCUAUCUCUGUAGAAGUGUCUAUCGAAAGAGGUCCACGUGGUCCUUACCUUCGACUCGUGAACUGCAAUCUCCGUAUCGGCUACAUCGACGCCUACAAUGAGUAUGGUGGCUCAAUUGGAAACCUUGCAAACUCACUACUUAGGCCAGCUAUAUCAAAGGUACUUCGAAAAAUGACUCCUCGCCAGAUCUGCUCUCGGCUACCCAGUAUAAUUGACGAGAGACUGAAUGCCAGAUUGUCAGGUCUACUACCACAAUCCUUGCCGGGUGCACGCAUUUUCAAUUUAUUUGGCUCAGCUCUGGGACUUGGGGGACCAACGCCUAGCCCCGAAUAUGUAAGAGAUUAG